AUGGAAAUGCUCUCCGCCACUUUAAUCAGCGUGAUCGCCUUCACCACCCUCGCCUCGGCCGACGCGAUCCCACGAAAAGUCUCAAACACCACCAUCCCCACCUCCGAUACUUUCACCUAUCCCCCUACCUGCACGCUAUCCACCUCCUACCCUUCGCUGCCCUACAGCAUGUACCAUCUCUCCUUCGUCACCCCAAACCUCACCCGCGCCCUCCACUUCUACACCCACGCCCUCGGCCUCACGCACAUCUUCACUUACAAACCCAUCCCGCGCUACUACAUCGCAUAUCUAGGGCAAAAAACGUAG